GCUCAGCACUCAUGCGCAGUGACAAAAGGAGGUAACCCAGGUCGAGAUAAUCCCAACUUCGUUCCCAGUGUCCUUUCUCUCAAGUAGUCCCAGCGUGCUUUUCUCCUUCCCUCGGAAUGACGGGGAUACUUAUCUUCAGCCUCGCUUUGGAAAGGAAAAUUAUAACGCGGUUACAUCAUUUGCAUAUAUUGCACAAGACAGCUUAAUCGGUCGACACCAUCACAAACUGACUUUUUACAUCGACUGUAGGAGAAGGAGUAACACUCAACUACACGGAGGAACAUAAAGUUGGACUGCAUCUACUGAACACCCUGAAUCCAAAACAAGAAGGAAAACGAGAGCGUUAAGAAUACAGCUCAAGUUAAUCUUUUUUGAUUUUUUGUUAUUUCUCCCCUCGUCGCUGCUUAUUGUAAAAUAUUAAAACCUACAGUAGUUAUGUUUUAUUUAUAAAAGUGAAUCAUUUGCGAGUAAACUUGAGUUAUCGAGCGUGAAAAGUUCGUUUCGCUCUCUUCUGGAAUAAAGUUUUGAACGGAUGGAGCGUUUUUGUUGAUUUUAGUGGUUUUUCUCAAAAAAUAAAUGAACAUUGCACGAUUGUCAAAUGUAUUGGACUGGUGGUUUUGUUUUUUGCUACCCGUUAAGACCUGUCCUCCCGGCUUUGUUUCUUUUAUUUUGACCUCCUUGGUAGAUCAACGCCACGUACUCGUGAAACUUCGCUCUCAAUUUCCUAUUUCCAACUUAAAUCGCCCAAUGAAAUCGAAAAUAUAGACUUGUGACAGAUCGAAUAUUCCAAAACACUUCAUCUGAGGUACAACAUGUGGACAGCACUUGGCUUGUACGCUUUUGGGCCGAAUCACAGAGAUCUGAGAGAAUACGAGAAGUUACGGCGACGCCGCAAAAAGAAAGGUGACAGAAGUGUAAUCAUUCCAGAAGAAGCGUUCUCAGUAGAUGAGGAAUACCUUCCACAUCUCGAGGAGAUCAGAAUCCAGGAUGAGCCCCAAACUCUUCGAGACUCCUCUUCUGUUUCGUACGAGUCUGAAUACACAAAGUUUAAAUAUUCCAUGGGUGGAAACAUCAAGUUAUACGACGAUCAUAUCGCUUUAACAAGCCCCAGGAAAAAGUUGAUAAAAACCCCGAAACGUUCUUACAAAAUUCUUGACGAAACCAUGCAGAGCUCGUUAAACACCUCACCAGCCCGAAGUGUCUUGUCCGGGACUUUCGGGAGUAUGGAUAUGACACCGAGGAUUUUAAACGCUUCCGUGAAAAAAGAACUUCAUCUCAACGCAUCUCAGGAUCGACUCUCGGAGAAGACCACUGAAAGUAAAGUUGAAAACGAAAAGCUGGAUUCGAAUUCGCAGAUCCGCGCAGCUUUAGAGCGUUUAAAACUUGCUGAUAGUAGUGGAACAGCUCAAGUUUCUAAGAGUAACACUGCUUCUUCGAGUAUCGCUGACAGCAUAGCAAAAGUUGACUCGUGGAAAACGGAUUUCGAUUAUUGCAAUAGCCCUUCUCAUGUAGUUGAAGACAUUAAGGAUUCAAGAGUCCAGGAUACGAAUUAUGCAUCAACAGUUUCGGACUCGACACUUCAAACACAACAACGUGAGAAAACAUCUUCUGGGAAUGGCGCCAGAGCCAGGGACUACUCUCCUAUCCGCUCGACGCCGGCGAGUGUUCCUAUCUCAAAUCUGAAAGACGACAUUAAAUCUAGCAUUGACCCUAGCAUAUACAGCUAUAGUCCAGAAAUACCUGCGGGGCAAACUAAGGACGAACCUGAGGCUAAAGAAAAUGAUGUUUACUCGAGAUUUGAAGCCGGGAAUAAGAAUUACGAACCGAAAGUAGAAGAAGUACAAGAUCCAGAAAGAAUGAACCGAUAUAACAGAACAUUACUUUACGUCAAUGAACAAAAUGAGACUCUUCAAAACGGAGAUUAUAACGAACUAAACAUAGAUUUAUCAGACUUGAGUUCGGACGUGUUCACGGAUAGCGAGAUACCAACAUCCGGGUUUUUAUCUCAAUCACGUGACGGCAAGAGUGACUUGGAUUUCUACCCAGACUCCCCCACAACCGAGCAAGCAUUCUCCAAGACACCUUGCAGCUCCAGAAAGAACAGCUUGGAGUCGUACAUGUCUGAUGACAGCAUGUCCGUUACUGACUUGGAUAUCAAUACGGCAGGACAUAAAAGUAAGUUAAUGUUCAAUAAGAAAAAGCCUAAUCUGAAGAAUUCAUGUGGUCUGCAAAAAUAUCGCCUGAACGGCAUCUUUCGAUGGUUAUAUUUUUUCACAGAAAUACACAAGCUGGUCCCGAAUGGUGCAAUACAUUCAAAUUCACACGCAAAACAAAAUGGCAAAGCAAAACAGCCACAACAGACUAAGACCAAACCAUCGGAUGUAAAAGCGACGAUUGGAUCGACGCAAAAACUGAAAAAUAAACCAGGUGGGGUAAAAAUUGAAACGAAGAAGAUCGACUUCAACAAGAAAGCGAAACCGAAAGUGAAUUCUUUUGGCAACAUUGGACAUGUACCAGGUGGCGGAAGAGUAAAGGUUCAAACAGAUAAAGUGAGUCAAAACAGACGAGUGGAACCCAGAACAGAUACUCAUGGAGUUCAGGCUUACAGUCAUUUACCCUCCGAGUUUCAAGAGAUUGCAAAACGUCUCGCCAAACAAGACAGACAGCUUCGAAAUUCCAAAAUCAGCGGCAGCAGCUCAAAUGGCCGAAGCCGUCCUCGAUCGCGGCGAUCAAGCCAUGGAUCAAGUGGAGCAGGUAGCCUCAGUCCCGACCGGCGGUCGGGUUCCAAACCGAACUUCCGGUUCGGAAGACUCUCGGGCUCGUCUGUCAAUCUCAACUCCCCAACCACAAGCAUUGGGCCGAACUCACCUAACAAAGCUUCCAGGCGUGCCUCGAUAAACAGGUCACCUAGUAUUCGCUCCAGGCCCACAACACCAAGCCUGAGUCGCUCGCACCCAGCUACCUAUGUCACGCCAUACGACUCACGGUCACGCCCUUCCUCGAGACCGUCCUCAAGACCAAACUCACGUUCCUCUUCUCCAGUACCAUCGCGUAACACGUCGCCCACGAAUGGAAGGCGUGCAACAGGGUCCUCCUCCGCUCCCAACUUCCGAAAAUCAUCGACGUUAAACCGAACUUCUUCGAGUUCUAAUCGAUCAAAAACGAGGCUGUCGAAUGGAAUGGGAGGACGACCUACAACCUUGAAUGGACUAACAAGCGUGGAAAUUGGUCUAGCGUCGGGAUCUGUAUUUCAAGUGAUUCCAGUCCACAAAUAGAAGAAGUUAGAUGAUUCCACCAAACCAGAAUUCACGCUGCAGUUCUUAGAGUGCCCCUGAAAGAUAGCUUGAAAACCGUCAGCAUGUGCAAAUUGCGAAUGUGUGUUUGAGCAGAAUGGGUAUUUCUUUAAAUAAUUGGUGGUUCUUGUAACGAUUUUUAAUAGCUGCUGGUCAGCUGGAAAAUUUUAUUGACUGUAAUGUUCCCUCGUUUCCACUCCGCUCGAGUCUCCCAGCAUUCAAGACACGGCACAAUAGGCGUGGAAACUAGAUAUUUGAACGACAAGCUCACUAAAGAGCAUUAAUCGGAGAAAGAUGUUGAUUAUACUAGCAUCCACGAAGCUGGCCUAAAUGGUCGAGUAUUGUGCUUUCGACGGGUUCUCAAUGAAUCGCAAGAGAUGCGAUACUAGAAAAGUGCAGCGUUUUUCCUAACUGUCAAGUUAACCCAGAAUAUUCAUCCACAAUACUGUGAAAAAUGGUGAAAAAUAAUUCUAACUGAUCAUUAGCUACUUCCAAUGGCAACAAAAAGAAAUGCGAACGUUGAAAACAAGAGAAGUUUUAAACUUUUUCUCGAUUACAGAAUGUACAAUAACGUCCUAGUGAGGGUAAAGUGUGUACUGGCUUACGAGUUCUUGUUCGCUCCAGCCAAUCAGAUCACACGUUCUAUCAACAUUGUGCUAUAAAAUUGCCGAGAAACCUUGAGAAAGUAAAUUUAGAAGAAAUAUGACUACUUUUUGGCAGAAAUAAUCGAAUAUUAACGAUUGUAGUUAGCUCGCUUUUCAAUCGAGUUUUUGGUAUAUUUUGAGCUUAUUGCUGUGGCAAAUAAUUGCAAUAAUUGUAACUGAGAUCAAAUAUCGUUACCUUCUCUAACGGAAUUUUGUAACAUGCUUGAAUAGGAACGACGAUUCUAAAGGUCGCGCCACGUAAAAGUGUUAAAAAAGAGUUGUGUAUCGAAGAUAAGACAAUUUUGUAAAACAAAAAUGUAGAGUAACUUUUUCUGUAAUAAACCAAGUGACCACAUAAAGUUUGUUUGAUGACCUCUGUUAAUUUUUUUUGGCCGCAGUUUAUUCCGUUUCGCUGAUAAGCCCUGUCCAAACAGGAAAUGUUGGGCGAUCAGAGACAAUCAAACCUCGUUUAGGGACCAAACGUUUUCCCGUUUGGGCACUUUGUUUGAUUUGUUUGAUCGUGUUUGAUAAAAUUAUACCUAUUACAAACACUUGAUCAAACAUAAUAAAACCGUUUAAUUUUGUCCAUUCGAACAUGUUCGAAACCGUUUGGUCACUCAAUAGAACAUAAAAUUGUUUGGUCACCAAACAAUACAUCAUGUUUGAUCGCCAAACAUUUUCCCGUUUGGACAGAGCUUAUUAGAGAACACCAAAGA